GCACGCAAGUCUGAGCAAGAAGAGACGUUAGCGCAAAGUACGGAGAACCUCAGCCGGAUGAAUGUGGCACUUAAAGAAAAGUACAGCCGGAUCGAGGAGCUGGAGAAGCGAGUCCAGAGGAUGGAAGAGGAAAAGAAGACACUGAAAGAGAAGCAACGGUUAUUAAAAGGGAAGCUGCAACAAAUGAUGUUGAAAGCAGAAGACACUAACAGCUGCGUCAAAGUUCAGACAGAGAUCUCUACUCUCCAGGAGCAAAUAAGUCAUCUGGACCACGUGAUCCAUUCUCAGCAUCAAAACUUGCACGCUUUGAUCCAUCAGACGGAAGACUUGAAUAAUGAGCUCAGACUUCAAGAUGAGCGGAUAGAAUCCCUAAAAGAGCAGGUUGUGAUGGUGCAGGCAAAGAACGAAGAACUGAAGUACAGAGUGCAAUUCUGGUCUGCCCAAUCCAAAUCAAGAGUUUCCAGAGCAGUUUCAGCAAACCUCGAAGGGGCCUCUCCGUUCAGCAUGGUAACCAGACUCCGCAAGUGAGACGUCCCUGUGAUCUGGCCCCGAGAUCCCACGCUUCCUUGGCUCCUUGCUUCCUUCCCGUUGAGAAUUCCUCUCCUGUGCAGUCCCAUUUUGAAACCUUCUGCACGGGAACAGCUCUUCUCCCACAACAUCCUGGUUGAGGCCUGUGGCAGGACGGAUGGCCUUUCCAGCGAAAGAAGCAGCGUCUGAUGUGGAGGAGGAGGAAGUGGCUUUGUUUUUUAUUUAUUUAGAGACAUGUGACUGUAGCAGUGUGGCUGUCUCCACCGAUGAUGGAAACGUGCUGCCUUUAGGACUGA